GCUCAGGUCUCCAUGGAGACGGCUUCUAGCGACCCGACGGGCGUUGGGAGCCGCGGGCCUGAUGGAUGCUGACAGCCUCCUGCUGUCGCUGGAGCUGGCGUCGGGCAGCGGGCAGGGCCUCAGCCCGGACCGGCGGGCCUCACUGCUCACUUCGCUUAUGCUGGUUAAGCGGGACUACCGCUACGACCGGGUCCUCUUCUGGGGCCGCAUCCUCGGCCUGGUCGCCGAUUACUACAUCGCGCAGGGCCUGAGUGAGGACCAGCUGGCACCGCGCAAGACGCUGUACAGCCUGAACUGCACAGAAUGGAGCCUCUUGCCCCCAGCCACAGAGGAGAUGGUGGAGCAGACAGCUGUGGUGAAGGGCCUCUUCAUGGGGGACCCCUCCCAUGAGUAUGAGCACACCGAGCUCCAGAAGGUGAACGAUGGUGAGAAGGUCUUUGAUGAAGAAGUUGUGGUCCAGAUCAAGGAAGAAACUCGCUUGGUGUCCAUCAUUGAUCAAAUUGACAAGGCUGUGGCCAUUGUUCCCCGAGGUGCCCUCUUCAAAACCCCUUUUGGACCCACCCAUGUCAAUCGGACCUUUGAAGGACUGCCCAUGUCUGAGGUCAGGAAGCCCAGUUCCUACUUCCACUUCCGGGAGGCUGUGGGCCUGAAGAGUAAGACCUUGCUUGAGAAAGCUGACCUGGACCCCUCCCUGGACUUCAUGGACUCCUUGGAGCAUGACAUCCCUAAAGGGUCCUGGAGCAUCCAGAUGGAGAGGGGCAAUGCCUUGGUGGUGCUGCGCAGCCUCCUCUGGCCAGGUCUCACCUUCUACCAUGCUCCCCGCACCAAGAACUAUGGCUACAUCUACGUGGGCACUGGUGAGAAGAACCUGGACUUGCCCUUCAUGCUGUAGGACGGAGCCAGCCCGGGUAUUAUUUUAUAUAGAAUCUAAACAUUAUUUUCAUAAAUUUC